CUUUACCCAUUCUGCACUGUACCCCCGGCACUUUAACCUAGGCCUCUUUGAUUAUUUAUUUUUUCAUUUGCUUUUGCUGUAGAUUGUAUUUAGUUUUGUAGCUCAAGCCCAGGUGUAGCGUUUACGACAAGCUGUUUGUUUUAAAGUGAAGUUUGGCAUGACAACAUGAACUCACCUUACACAGCUUUGCAGUAUUACCCAGAGUUUCCAUUUUGUCGACUCAGGGACCCUUCAUCACGGCUGUCCUGGAGGGAAAGUUCAUUCCUCACCACAAUGACUCAGAAUCAGUCAGCACAGACUACUGACUGCCACCUUAGUCAAGAUGUAUUCAACCAGUUGUUUGAUAUGCUGGACCAGUCCGCCAUCCACUCAGUCCAGCCCAUUGAGCUUAAUUUCACUGAGAGUCCAACUGAUGGGUCAGCAGGAAACACCAUUCAGAUCAGCAUGGACUGCAUAACUAUGCAUGAGCCAGACAAUUUGGUAUCUUCACAGUACACAAACCUGGGGCUCCUGAACAGCAUGGAGCAGAACAAUGGCUCGACCUCCACCAGCCCCUACAACAAUGACCACGCUCAGAACAGCGUGACCGCCCCAUCCCCCUAUGCCCAGCCCAGCUCCACCUUUGAUGCCCUCUCUCCAUCUCCGGCUAUCCCAUCCAACACAGAUUAUGCCGGGCCACACACCUUCGACGUGUCCUUCCAGCAGUCCAGCACAGCCAAGUCCGCCACCUGGACGUACUCAACAGACCUGAAGAAGCUCUACUGCCAGAUUGCCAAGACCUGUCCCAUUCAGAUCAAAGUGCUGACCCCUCCUCCGCAGGCAGCCGUGAUCAGGGCCAUGCCUGUCUACAAGAAAGCUGAGCACGUGACCGAAGUGGUGAAGCGCUGCCCGAACCACGAGCUCAGCCGCGAGUUCAACGAUGGUCAGAUCGCUCCUCCGAGCCAUCUGAUCCGCGUGGAGGGGAACAACCACGCCCAGUACGUGGAGGACACCAUCACUGGACGACAGAGCGUACUGGUUCCAUACGAGCCACCCCAGGUUGGGACAGAAUUUACAACAAUUUUGUAUAAUUUUAUGUGCAACUCGAGCUGCGUGGGUGGAAUGAACAGGCGCCCGAUCCUCAUCAUCGUCACUCUGGAGACCAGAGAUGGACAGGUUUUGGGCCGCCGCUGCUUCGAGGCCAGGAUCUGCGCCUGCCCAGGCCGAGACCGGAAGGCGGACGAGGACAGCAUCCGCAAGCAGCACGUAACGGACAACUCAAAGAGCAGUGAGGGUACGAAACGCCCUUACCGCCAAAUUUCCCAAAGCAUCCAGAUGUCCACCAUCAAGAAGCGAAGAUCUACAGACGAGGAGGUGUUUUGUUUACCCAUCAAAGGUCGUGAAAUCUAUGAGAUUUUGGUGAAAAUCAAAGAGUCUCUGGAGCUGAUGCAGCUUCUUCCACAACACACAAUAGAAUCCUACAGACAGCAGCAGCAGAACCUCCUCCAGAAACAACCCUCCAUGCAGUCUUCGCCCUCCUUCGGCUCCACCUCCCCAACUCACGGAAAAGUCAACAAGCUACCAUCUGUCAGCCAGCUCAUCAACCCCCAGCAGCGCAACACGCUCACCCCAUCCAGCAUGUCAGGAGGCCUCGCUGACAUGACUCCCAUGAUGGGCACUCACAUCCCCAUGAAUCCCGACAUGAGUUCACUGAGCCCCACACACGCACUGCAGCCACAGCUACCCCUGGUGCCCUCCUCCCACUGCACCCCCCCUCCUCCAUACCCCAUGGACAGCAGCAUCUCCAGCUUCCUCCUACGGCUGGGCUGUGCAGGCUGCUUGGAUUACUUCACAGCACAAGGCCUAACCAACAUGUACCAGAUUGAGAACUAUAACUUGGAGGACCUGUCCAGGCUGAAGAUUCCUGCAGAGUUCCAGCACAUCAUCUGGAAGGGCAUCAUGGAGCACCGACAGGCCAUGGAUUUUUCCCCUCCACCACACAUAGUGCGCACCACCAGCGGAGCCUCCACCGUCAGCGUGGGCUCUUCUGAGGCCCGAGGCGAGCGCGUCAUAGACGCCGUACGUUUCACCCUCCGCCAGACAAUCUCCUUCCCACCGCGUGAUGAGUGGUCCGACUUCUCCUUCGACCUGGAUUCUCGCCGCAACAAACAGCAGCGCAUCAAAGAGGAGGGGGAGUAAGACGACUCCGCUCUCGAUAUUCCCAGAUUCUCAUUUCAAGCCAGAUGAUGGAACAUUUCAUAAAAAACAAAAAAACAAAACAAACAAACCAGUUUUUGGUGCAAAGGCUCCUGACAACAAACCCUGUAUACCGAUUGCCGAAAUGCACUUAUUUUCAUUUUGUACUCCUUCUUUUUACUGGAGAUUGGUGUUAAUGAGCACAGCUGUUAUUAUCUUGUAAUUUCUUGAGAGCACUUAAGAAAUGCUGAGUAUUUCAAUGUUGCUUUGAAAUGUUUUUGCUGAGUGUUUGCGUUUCAUUUCCAAGUAAAAGAGGACUGGAAGCUGACAUGCUUGUCUGGGUUUAUGCUUCUGCUGUGGACCUUAGAGGGUCUUUUUUGUUCUGUUACACGGUUCUGUAGGUUAGUCAGGUACACUGGUUUUUAUUUGUGACAGGAGACGGAAUGGAUUGUAAACAUUUCAUACAUUUCUUCUAUAAGAAGUAUUAGGUCACAGGAGGGGCAACUUGUUUUCUACUGUAGCUGUAGUUCUUUUAUGUCACCUUAUUCAGUCAGCUUUUGAAGUAUGCGUUUCCUUGAGAGGUGGUCAUUCAUUUGAUGUAGCCAUAUAUAGGCAUAAUGCUCUUGACCCAGUGUUUUUUUGGUAUGUUUUACUAUGACUGAUGUCUUUUAGUUUUGUUUACUGCGACACAUGCCUUCAUUUUGUUUUCUUUCAUGCUGAACACAAGUAUUUGUUUUAAAUCCUGCAGACAUGUUUUGGUAUUCUUUCAUUUAAUAAGUAGUCAGAACCCAAAAUGUUUGUACAUAACUUUGUAUAUUCUUCCAAAAGGAACAGUAUUAACAGGAGUUUAUACUGUGCAGGUACUGUGCAAGAGUCAGUUCAUUUUGGAUCAAAGUAGCCAUGAUGGUCAGAAAGCAGGAAGUAAAUGCUGUUUCAUAUUUUUGUAUGUUUUGUAAAUAUUUGCAAUUUAUCAAGGGUAUUUUGAUAUAAAUCCAAAAUAAACUUCCAUACUUGUUGUAUUGCAUGUUAA